CCUCCCUCACCUCCCCUCACCCUUCACUAUUCCUCUACACCUCGAUCAACCCCCAAACAUGCCUCCCACCACAACAUACGACCUCCUAAUCAUCGGCACCGGUUUCGCCGGCUGCACCACAGCCCUCAGCUACCUCCAAGCCACGCACCACCUCCAACCACCCCCACGAAUCGCCCUCCUCGAAGCCGGCAAAAAUGGUGAGCGAUGCGGUGGCUCCCGCUGGACCGAAGCCCUCCUCCGCCUGGACAAAAACCUCAACUUCGACCCGGGGUGGAUCCAUGAAAUGGCCCGCGUGAGUAACGGACAAGCCGAUAUGGAGUAUUGCAAGAAAUUGGGGGAAGAGGCGAGGAAGACGGUGGAGUAUAUUGAGAGUUUGGGGGUGGGGUUUUUGAGACAUGAGGAGAAGGAUGUACUUCUUGAAUUCGAAACAGAGCAACAUUUCGUGAUGACCCAGGGGGGCGGAUGGGCGAUGAUCCAAGUUUUGAUGAAUCAUAUACAGCGGUUUGAGAAUUGUGAUGUGUUUUGGGAGACGGAGGGUCGGGAAUUACUUACUAAUGGGGUGGGACGGGUGAACGGAGUGAAGGUGCGGAGGGAGAAUGGGAUGUUUGAAUCGUUUUAUGCCAAGGAGGUGGUGUUGGCUUGUGGUGGGUUUGAAGGAAACCCCGAAUUACUGACUCAAUAUGUGGGGGGUGAUGUCGACAACCUCGGACUGAUUGCCCCGGGGCUGCGGUAUAAUCGUGGUCAGGGGCUGACUAUGGCAUUGAGUGUUGGGGCCGCCACGGCGGGGUCGUUCGAUGGAAUGCAUAUAGAGCUGACGGAUGCGAGGAGUAACAAGCCCAAUGCUGCGAUCUAUGGUCAUAGUUAUGGGAUUCUGGUCAAUGGGGACGGAGAGAGGUUCUGUGAUGAGGGGAAGAGACAUUUGUUUGCGACAUUUGAAGGGAUUGCGGUUGAACUCUGGCGGAAACAGAAGAAUAAGGGGUUUUUGGUUAUCGAUGGGAGUAUUAUCGAGAGGUUCAGACCGGGGUGGGUUUAUGGAGAGACAGAUCUGGAGCCGGUUUAUGCGGACAGGAUUGGAGAGUUGGCGGAGAUGUUGAGGGUGGAUGGGGGUAUGCUGGAGAAGACGGUGAGGGAGUUUAAUGCCGCUUGUAAUGAGGAACCGUUUGACCCGAUGAAGUUGGAUGGAAAGGCGACGAGUGGGUUGAAGGUGAACAAGUCGAAUUGGGCGAAGCCGUUGGAGAGUCCAUAUUAUGCCUUUCCGGUCACGGCGCGGGUGGUGUUUACUUUUGGGGGGGUCAAGGUCAAUACCGACUCGCAGGUCUUGGAUACGAAGGGUGUUCCGAUUCCGGGCUUGUGGGCUGCGGGGGAGUUGACGGGGUUGUAUUAUAACGGAAAUCCACCGCUUACGUCGGUGUUGAGGUGUUUGACGUUUGGGCGGUUGGCGGGGACUUUGCUUGCGAAGAGAUUCUAUACUGGAGACUCGGGGUGA